GUUCAGUGUGAGAUCUCUGGUGUAUUCCUCUGGUCUGGUAACAGGAUCAGGCAGAGGCAUUGGAGAGGAUGAGAGCCAGAUGUGCCAGUCUGUGCCAGUCUGGUGUGCCAGUCUGACCCACUGCCCUGCCCCACUCAUUCACACCCUGCUACCCAGAUAAGCUGUGGAUGGAGGAACAAGCAUUCUGCAAUGCCUUCCCUUUCCACAUUGUCUUUGAUAAACAGCUCAAGGUGAAGCAGACUGGGAUUAACAUCCAGAAGUUUGUCCCUGGGCUGCAGACGAUGGACAGCCGUCUGGAUAAGUACUUCAGCAUUGUCCAUCCACAGGUGACCUUCAACAUCGAGAGCAUCAGGAUGUUCAUCAACAGCAAGUUUGUCCUGAAGACCAGACGGGAGAUGGUGCCCCUGGCUUCUCAGCAUCAGUCCAUGCUCAAACUCAGAGGUCAGAUGGUGUGGAUGGAGUCUCUGGGCUGUAUGGUGUGCCUGUGCUCUCCGAAGCUGCGCAGCCUGCAGGAGUUGGAGGAGAGGGGUCUGCACAUCUCCGACAUCGCCCAGCACGACACCACCCGGGACCUCAUCCUGCUUAACCAACAGCGUCUGGCCGAGAUGGAGCUGUCCAAUCAGCUGGAGCGCAAAAAGGAGGAGCUGAGGAUCCUCUCACGGCACCUCGAGGGGGAGAAGAAGAAGACGCAGACUCUGCUCUACGCCAUGUUGCCUCGCCACGUAGCCAACCAGCAGAAGGAGGGCAAGAGGGUGGAAGCAGGUGAGUUCCAGGUGUGCACCAUCCUGUUCAGUGAUGUGGUCACCUUCAGCAAUAUCUGUGCUGCCUGCGAGCCCAUCCAGAUCGUCAACAUGCUCAACUCCAUGUACUCCAAGUUCGACCGCCUUACCAGCGUCCAUGACGUGUACAAGGUGGAGACUAUUGGAGAUGCCUACAUGGUGGUGGGUGGGGUUCCCAUUCCAGCUGACAGCCAUGCAGAGCGGGUGGCCAACUUUGCCCUUGUUAUGCGUAUCGCUGCCCGGGAGGUGACCAACCCUAUCACUGGGCACCCGUACCAGAUUCGGGUGGGUCUGCACACAGGUCCAGUGCUGGCUGGUGUGGUAGGGGACAAGAUGCCUCGAUACUGCCUGUUUGGAGAUACGGUCAACACUGCCUCCCGCAUGGAGAGUCACGGAGUGCCUGACGACAUACACCUCAGCCCCUUCACAUACAGUGCGCUGGAAGAUAAGGGCUUUGACAUCCUGGAAAGAGGAGAGAUCCAGGUGAAGGGGAAAGGCCUGAUGACCACCUACUUCCUGCUGCAGAACCUGUGUGUGUCUGAGGACACCAUCAUGGCCAGAGGGACAGGAGAGCCCUGCGUGUACAGAGACAACCAGCAGGGGGCGGGAGAGAGCGAGAUAGAUGAGGCAAUGUGGGUUUGUUCAAUUGCUAGCUAGUAGGGAGGGAAAAAAGGUUAUCAAACAACAAAAUGUGUUUAUUAUUGGACAAGUUAUACAGCCUUCAUUACAUAUCAGAAGAUAUGAAAGAUACAUUUUCAUAUGAUACAGCCAGAUAAAGGAGUCUUUCUUGUCCCAUUUAGACACAGAAGAACCAGACAGUGUGAGAAAGGAAGAAACGAAUGGCCAAACCAUGGCAUCUGCUUCUUCUUCCAGUGACCUCACCAACGAAGACACCUUUUCUGGGAGACACUACACCUUUUGAAAAGGGCCACCUCAACGACGUGAACUCACGAUUCUUCCAACUGCUCUAAGUAUGUGGAGUUGGACUCCAUUUGGAAGCACAUCAUUUGAAAAUCUGAGACUAUUUAGGAAAUGAAAUGUUGAACUCCACAAAGGUAUGCUAGUUCUGACAGUUUCCAAAGAAUCAACAAUGUUUCUACACAUGCUUACUAACCCACUGGGCACAGAUGUCUAUUCAAUGCUGGUUCAAUGUAAUUUCAUUGAAAUGAUGUGGAAACAACGUUGAUUAAACCACUGUGUGCCCAGUGGGAAGUAUUAUAAAUUCUGUAGACAAAAAGUGAUAAGUCGGUAUCUCAGAUUUUUGUUGAUGAUCCAAUGGUCUCCACGUUGAUUCAACAUUGUAACCACAUUGACAAAAUGAUGUUUAGAUAUUCUAAACAGGUUGAUUCAAUCUGUGGGAGACUCCUGGGUGAGCUCUGUGUUGUUGUCGUGACUGCCACCUUCUGGGGGACACCUGGGGUUGCCAUGGGGUGGGGACACCUGGGGUUGCCAUGGGGUGGGGACACCUGGGGUUGCCAUGGGGUGGGGACACCCUGUCAGUGCAUCAUUGCCUUUCCCUCAUUAGCACUUUCCUGGGCUUUCAAAUGAGUGUAAAUGAAAUAAGAGACGAGGAAAGGUAGCAGCCAUUAUAGAAAAGACUAGCUUCACGUGCAGCUGCUGUCAACACCAGAACUCUGCCAUAGCUAAUACAUGCCCCCCAGGCUUGUAUUCGAUAGCAGAAAGAUAGCAGAGAGACGGAUCUAUUGAAUAGAGAUGCUGUAGUUUUGAGCUCCCGAGUGGCACAGCGGUCUAAGGCACUGCAUCUCAGUGCAAAAGGUCACUACAGUCCCUGGUUCAAUUCCAAGCUGUAUCACAUCCGGCUGUGAUUGGGAGUCCCAUAGGGCCGUGCACAGUUGGCCCAGUGUCGAUCGGGUUUAGCCGGGGCAGGCCGUCAUUGUAAAUAAGAAUUUGUUCUUAACUGGCUUGCCUAGUUAAAUAAAGGUUACUUUUAUUUAUUUUAAUAGUUUGGGGUCUGCUAGACAACAGCAAGGAAUGUCUCCUUUCUCUCCUCUCAGCCUUUCCAGAUGCCAUGAGUACACAGUAACUGUAAUCUGCAUAGGGAGGUGUUGAUGUGUGAUCUUAUAAAGCCUAAACCUUGUAUAGUUGGGAUGUUCUUCGACAUGUUUACUUUAGGUCUUAUGCCUCAUUUUCCAACUCCCUGUGGCCCUUUUCGCUGACUAAAGUAAACAGUUAACAGUUGGGAAAAAGGUCAUGUGGUGUGUGUGUGUCUAUGUAUGUGUGUGUAUGUUGGGAAAGUGGCUGUCAUUAACAUUUAAUUACCACAAAUACCAGCGAUAGCACAACAAUUGACGCAUGAGUGGGAGAAGUGGAAACUCUUGUGACUAAAGCGCACCUAGGUGCAAUCGCGCUAUAGGCAGCGACACAGAGAGGGGCACAAAUGGAGACAGCAACGUUGCAGUACUGUCCCAUGGAGCACUAAACAGAGGCACUGAAGUUGCUACAGAAUGUGCGCUCUCACCAAAUAGCGAUCAGUAGGCCCAGUAAACUUGGACUAGAAAAACAAGUGACAACCAACCAAGAUUCGUCAGCAGCGGCCCGCACAAUAGCAGAAAAGGCGCGUGAAAGUGUCAUUACGCAGCUAAUCGAUAUUCUAACCCAAAUACUCACAUUCGACGAAGAAAUCAGUCAUAGUUCGUUUCAGGAUCUGAGGAUAUUUCUGCGUCCUAAAGUAAGCAUAGAGCUGAGGAACAUCUGUGUGCGCAUGGCAUUGAGGGACUCUGACUGUCAGAAGACCUGGGACCUUAGAGAUCUGCAGGACUGUUUAAAAGCCAUGGUGGACAGUCAGGUGUCUUCUCUCAUCAACAUGAACCAUCCCGUGGCCGUUCAGACAUCAUGCACGCUUGAAGAGAUAUGUCUGAGCUUCCCUGAAAUCUGAAUAGCUAAUAUCUCACUUUACCUAAUCUCAGGGUUGAUAGCCUAUUGUUUACUUGAAUGUACUUUUUAAAUAAUUUAUUUGAUUUAAAAUUAUUGGAGGUGCAACUAUGUAGGCCUCCUUUGUAAAAAGUAAUGUCAGAAGAAAUAAUACUGGGACAAAAAUGUGUGUUAUGCAAAGUGUUUUAUACAAAUCCUUAAAGGCCUGAAGUUUCUGUCAGUUUGAAAAACCUACCAGGAAUUCCAGAUCCCAACAGUUGUGUACUGUAUACCUGCCCAUGGUGGGUUGGCCUUUCCAAAGUAUAAUUAUGUUUCAUUGGGUAAUAAACAUUGAUUGAAUCUUU